AUGUUGCUACAUGAUCUCGCUAUUCCAAUAGACUCUGUUGUCGUUGUUAUUGGAGCAAAUGGAUUCAUCGGCUUGGAGACAUGUGAAAAGCUUCUGCAAGCCGGUUAUAAGGUCCGAGGCACUGUCAGAAGCGUCGAAAAGUAUUCUACUUUUAUGCAUGACCUCUUUGAUCUGAAGUGGCCUGGAAAGUUUGAACUUGUGCAGGUGGUAGAUUUUGAGGAGGAAGGGGCUUUCGAUGAAGCGUUCAAAGGAGCUGCUGGGGUCAUCUAUACCUCGAUGCCAAUUGUUUUCCACCCUGACCCAGCCAAGGUCAUCAAUCAAAGCGUUAAAUCGACUAUCAAUACCUUGGAGGCGGCAGCUAAAGCACGAGUCCAGCGCUAUGUUCUGUGCUCCAGCUCUAAAGCCGUCGAGACUGCCAGAUAUGACGGUACACCCCGUCGUCUUACGGUCAAUAAUUACAACACAGAGUCUCUCCUGAAAGUUUGCUGCGGGCCCAGAGAAGAAACUCUUGAGUGGUCCUUGAAUGUCUUCAGUGCCGGAAGAGCUCUUGCAGAGCUCAGCUUUUGGUCUUGGAUUGGAGAAAAAAAUCCUCCCUUCGUUGCCAAUUGUGUGGUUCCAGAUGGAGCCUUUGGUCGCGGGCUCAAUGGCGCUACUUCAACAAACCAGAUGCUAAAAGCGGCCUUGGCUGGUGAUUGGAACUCUGUUCCAAUGCCAAUAUCCUACCUAUCCGAUGUGCAAGAUACUGCCCGCCUGCUUGUCGCUGCGACAAUCAAGUCCUCGAUCUCUAAUGAACGUAUAUUUGCUUAUUAUAAGCAUCUUACGUGGAAUGACUUACGUACCAGGGUCCGUGCCGUUAGACCGGGACUUGUGAAGAGCGAGGACCACCCUUUGCAAGAAGGUUAUCUCUCAAGUGUCCACGAGCCGAUCUGCCGGGCAGAGGAGAUCCUGAAGGAUAUCGGGCGAGCAGGAUUCACUCACGAAGACUCCAUGCUGCGAGACUUUCUGGAUACUUGCUUUUAG